AUGAGAACAGUAUUCUCGUACUAGUAUAUUCUUUUACUUCGUAUGCAACAUUUCAGCAAGUAAGACCUACGAUAAGGGCUCCUCGCUCACUUCAAUAAAAUACAAUCUGAAAAAAAAAUCGGAAACUGAAAAUAGGACGAUGGAUUCAAGUAUUAAGAUGUACCUCUUCGCUCUCGUGGCGCUAGGUUCGCUUUCGGUGGCCACAGCAGUGGUGGAAUGUUAUAGUUGUUCUUAUACAUAUAAUGCCGACGAUGACGUGCCCGAUCCUCAGAACUGCGUCAAUCCGUCAACCACGACCACUCCCCCGACCAACACCAUAACUUGCGCAGAUACACAGAGGUGCUCUGUACGAAGUACUUUUAAUACGAUUUCGGGAACACCGAGUUCGGAUUAUAUCACGUACACGCGUGGAUGUGAUGAUAUAACAUCAGUCUGCGACACAACAGAAGAGGACUGCCGUAAAAACCCGAGAAGUUGCACUAACUGCUGCACUGGUGAAAGGUGCAACACAGCCAAUCUACGCUCGCACCUCAGCGCAAACUCCUUGAGUAACACCUGUUACAAAUGCGAGCAUACCGAUUACCCCGGAAAAGAAGGGAUCGAUGCCGGCUGCCAACAAGAUGCCUUUCAAGCGACCAGCCAGCAAGUUACCAAAAUUGAAUGUCAAGGACUGUGCUUUAGCGCCGUAGCCCUAUUUGAACCGAGUGUUGCAAAGAAGAUUAUCCGAGGUUGCUUACCUGAUGGAGCUGACUGCAACAAGAGGGACACCGAUAACGGCAACAUCUUGAAUGCUAAUGAUGGCCAUCGGUACGAGGUGGCUUGCUGCAAAGGUAGCGAUUGUAACGCUGCUACCGCCCUCUCUGUCGGAAUUGCGACAGUCUUUCUGUCGUUCAUGUUGGCUCUGAUUGCUGUCCGCAUGUAAUUUGGUCGCAUGAAAUGAACUUCUGGUCUAUAUAAAGUUUUGGUUUAAUUACUAAGCAAAAAUUGUGGUGUUAACCGGUGUCCAUAGAGGACCACACCAAUUAUACUAUUCU